GCGCAGAGGGCUCUUCCGGCGCGGGCCGCGCUGUGGGCGCCCGCCCGAGCGGGCAUGCUGCGGCUGGGCAGCCGGCUGCGGGGACCUGUGGCAGGCCUCGGCGUCAGGGCCGACGCUCGGCUCCAUUACGGCGCCGGGAUGCCCAAGAAAGCGGGUGCGACGAGCAAGGGUAGAAGCCAGAGCAAGGACCACGAGGCACCGCUUCCUCCCUCGGGUCCCGUGGCCGUCGAUCCUAAAGGUUGUGUCACCAUAGCCAUCCACGCCAAGCCCGGCGCCAAGCAGAACGCUGUAACAGAUUUGACCGCUGAAGCCGUAAGUGUCGCCAUCGCAGCGCCUCCGUCGGAGGGAGAGGCCAAUGCUGAGCUCUGUCGCUACCUCUCCAAGGUCUUAGAGCUCAGGAAGAGUGACGUGGUUCUGGACAAGGGUGGUAAGUCUCGGGAGAAGGUGGUGAAGCUCUUGGCCUCUACAACUCCAGACGAAAUCUUGGGGAAAUUAAAACGGGAAGCUGAGAAGAAGUAAAAGCAAGAAAUGAAAAAGUCAUCUGUGAGGAAUUUACUGCUAAUGAUGAACAGACUACUAGACAGGAAAAAAUGUUCAGAUGCACAGAAUGUGGGGAAAUGCAUGUGUGUGUAUUAAAUGUAAUAAGCCUCAGAAAAAAGUAGGAAGCUUGAAAGUUACUGCACACUGAAUACAGGUUCAAAACCCCCAAACGACCUGGAACACCUGACUGAUUUCACGGCAUCACCAGAUAACAGCGGGAGAAUGUUCCAGAGGACCGGCUUUGCCCCUUGCGUCCUGUGAUGGGCUUCCGGUGCCCGCAAGUGCUCCAGGUCGCAGCGUGCAGGGUGGCACUGGCGGCCGGAUGCCCCACCCCUGGCUGAGAGCAUCACCCUGGCUGCACGCGGACGUGGAAUCUCCGUAGCAAGUCUGGAGCCCUGGGGCCGCCUCAGUCCAGUUUACCAGAGACAGGAAAACCAGGCAGGCACUGCUCUGAACCUUCGCAUUUCAGCACGAUACUACACGCAAAAAUGUGUUUUCACAACAAUUUUGAGCAUCUUGUGAAAACGAAUAAUCGAGACCUGCAGCUUCACGUUGACGAUUUCUGAGGAGACACUGAACUUCCUGCCUCCUCCAUGGUGACCUCGGUCAUCGAGCCCGGCAGUUCUUGGGGGUCUCCGAGGACCCCGCAGAGAAACACUAGGACUUGGAAGCGGUUUUCCGUGUGUGUAGGGGCCCAUCAGAAGCUCCCUUGCCCUGCUCAUCAGCGCUGAUGCGCAGUCCUGUGCCUCGUCUGAUAAGUGCCCGAGAAAAUGUGCUCACGGAGAAGCGCGAGGACAGCAUCUGUCAGGCCAGUAGUAAAGAUUCUUGACGGUGAAGGAGCUGGAAGCCGCCCACCGGGCACAACUCUUACUUUGUUGCUGGGAACCAAGGGCGGGAGACGCUGGAUGGCGUGUUCAGGAAGGCAGCACGCAGGAGCGGCAGGCCUUGACUUGGGCUCGCUGCCUUGUCUUACACUGCUGUCCUUGUCUACACCGCUGUGCGAUACUGCCCACAGAGGUGCUUCUGUUCUACACGGUCUGGACUCAAGUCACCCACUCUUUCCCCUUACUUUUUAAAGAAAACUUCUAAAAGUUUGUAUUUGAAAGAAAGAGUGAUAGAUCUGCCAACUGCUGGUUCACUCCUCAGAUGGCCACAACAGCCUGGGCCCAGAGCCGGGAACUAGCUCCACGUCUCCCACUGGGCGGCAGGAACCCAAGUACUUGAGUCACCCUCUGCUGCCUCCCAGCCACAUUAGCACGGAGCUGGACUGGAAGUAAAGAUGACACUCAGUCCCAGGCACUCUUACGGGGUGUGGGCCCCCAGACAGCGGCGUAACCAGCUGCGCUAAAGCACUCACCCCUUUCUAAUUUCAGUCAAAGCAUAGUUACAUUUAUGGGGUACACUGUAAUAGUUUGCUACCUGUACACGAUGUGUGCUGAUCAGUUCAGAGUGAUUCGCAUUUCCAUCUCGUUAACACUUGUCGGUUCUUUGUGUCUGGAACCCACAGACUCCUCUCUUCUAGUUCUUUGUUAAACACAUCCCCACCCUUUCCCCACACUGUCCCAGUGUGUGCCAUAAAGAUAUCGGACUUGGGUUUUCACAGGGUCACAGGUAGGAUGCUUUCCCUACAAGUUCCAGAAAAGCCCACCUGGCAAGCAGUAAAGGGGGUUAUGAGCUCACACACUGGCGAGGUCCAGAGGCAGGGUGCGCUUAGGUGUUGACACCGCGGCUCAGUGAUGUCAUGGAGGACCCACUUCCUGCUCUGGCUUCAUCCUCGGGUCAGCCGCCCUCUGGAGGCAAAGGGCCAGGGUUCCAGGUUUCACAGACUCCACUCGGGACAGCUCUGGUGUGUCUUUCCCAAAGACUCAGCCUCGUAAUUCACACCAGGGCAGAGGAUGUGGGAUUCCAGGGAAAGCCAUGCUACAACACGAGUCCUCAAUCAGCGGGAAAGUAUGAAGAAAGGAGUGGAUGCUGGUUAGCAACUAGCAGUUUCAACUACAAUAACCUACUUCAUUUAAAAUGGCCGUGAGCCGCCAUCUGAGGCUCUGGCCCCCGUGGCCACCUUGCGCAGUAAGCUUCGGUCCUAAGCCCAUGGCCCAACCACAGGUGUCCGCUCCACCCCCACCCUAACGGGAUUCGCUGCUCCUGCUUCCCUGCCCCCUGGCAAACGUAUAACAGGACCCACUUCCAGCACGCAUGCUCUCUCCCCUCCCCCGGGCCCAUCAGGUUUCCCCCACCUGACAGUAAACCUUUCCUCUUUAAAAAAAAAAAGUGACCGUUAUCUAACAUGGAAACUUUUCCUCAGUUUUUAUAAGAAACUGAACAGGAUCCUUUAACAGAGUUACAUCCCAGUGAGGCUCUGUCAUCGAAAGCUUGCAGGAGGUAGGAGCUGGCCCAGAGACAGGAGAACAGAACCUGAGGCGGCCUGCAGCAGUCUGACCACGCCCACACAGCUGCUCCUCACUGGGGAUAUCAUGGCUAACGCCUGGGCACCUGGCCUGCUGCAGGAGUUCAGGCAAUACAGCUUUCUUCAGCUGGGCCCUGGUUUUCCUCCGCGAACACAGAGGUAGACCCAGGGUGGAGGACAGAAUUCAGACUUCACAUGUGCCUCAGGCCGGGUCUCGAGCCUGGGCCAACCCAUUCAUUUCAAGUGAAUACUUUCUCUACUGUGUCUGGAGAGACCUGUUAUUACCUGCCUUUGAAUGAGAUUGGAAGGACACCAGCUGUGGGGACUGGUAUGUUCUGUCUGUCAUCUGUCACCCCCACCCUAAUAACCAGUCCUGCAAAACUGGCUACCAGUUUGUUAGCGUGGUGACUGACUUGCCAGUCCACACUGGCUGUUUGGCCUCCGCUGACAGCUGGCUCCCCCUGUCCUGAAGGCAGGCAGAGAUUUUGGCUCCUGCUUCUGGAGGGCCAUCCCAUACUCCUCGGGAUGGAGAGAGUAGAGGAUGUAGUGGCACCUCUGUGGUGUUGGAAGUUCCGGAGGGCUAAAAUCCACAAUGUUGUACUAGGCUAAGCCUCCACUUGUGCUGCCAUCAUCCCAUAAGGAUGCCUGUUCGAGUCCGGGCUGCUCCUCUUCCAAUCCAGUUGUGCUAAUGGUGCGGGAAAGCACAUGAGGAUUGCCUAAGUGCUUGGGCCCCUGAUCCCACGUGGGAGACCAGAGGAGGCUCCUGGCUCCUGACUUCAGAUAGGCCCAGCUCCCGCUGUGGUGGCCGUUUGAGUAGUGAACCAGCAGAUGGAAGACCUUUCCCUCUCUCUCUCCGUAACUGCCUCUCAGAUAAGUAAAUAAUCUUUAAAAAUAAA